CAGUCUUGGCUUCCUUCGCCGAGUACAGAGCAAGACCUUCCUCUCAACAUGAAGCGGUUCUCGAUGGUUGUGGUCCUGGUGGUGGCCCUGGCAUGCCUGGUGAGCUGGAGCAGCGCCAUGCCUGAGCCUGACCCCGUAGCUGACCCUGACCCCGUGGCUGACCCUGACCCCGGCUACCGUCGCUUCGGUGGAUUAGGAUAUGGUGGAUACGGCUUGGGUGGACUUGGAUACGGAUACGGAGGUCGUGGAUACGGAUACGGGGGCUUCGGAUACGGAGGAUAUCGUGGCGGAUUCUACGGAUGAAGAUGCUGGAUACGACUGUCCUUGUACCGACCUGUAGAAUGUUCAUGGACAUGGGAAAGUUGCUUUAUUCUUCUGCUUCUUUUUCCGUUUCUUCUGAAAUAAAUUUUGCGAACGAAA